AUGCCGGAGAAGCCCUUAACGGUCGCUGCCUACGCGGCCGGGGCGUCUCUGGCCGCCGCAACCCUCAUCUAUGUUUUUGCGCCCACCUACUUCCUCGACAGCGAUGCCGCCGCCUCCAGCUCCACCAACUUCUUGACCGGCGGCGGCCGGAAGAAGGGCGUCAUUGUCGGCCUCGCCAACCCGGCCAAUGACUGCUUCAUCAACUCCAUAUUACAAGCUAUCGCCGGCCUUGGCGACCUGCGCGUCUACUUGAUCCGGGAGAUGCACCGCCGCACCAUUGACGAGGGCUGGAUAUAUACUCAGGCUGUUCCGAGGGACUUCAAGGAGUAUGCCAACGGCGACAACGAGCACAUAAAGUCGGAGCCGGAAUGGAAGAUCGAGGGCCAACAAAGGGGUCUCGUCACACAGGGCUUGAAAGAAAUGCUUGACCAGUUGAAUGAGAGACCGAUAUACAAGAAGACCAUCACUGCCGCGCCGCUUGUAAAGUGCCUGGAGGAGGCAUUCCGUCAGCGCAUUAGCAGACAGCAGCAGGAUGCGCAGGAAUUUCUACAGGUCCUUGCCGAGAGGUUAUGUGACGAAUACCACGCGGGCCACAGGGCAAGGGGCUACGCCAGAUGGAAAGUGGGACUGGAAAGCUCGAGCGGACCGCCCGGCGACAUAAACGGCGACGCUUUCAAACAGAGGCUCUCUGAGCUAGCAGGUCAAGAGACGGCUGAGAAUGGUCGCGGCCCAGGAACUUUUCCCUCCACGCAAAGCAAGGUCGCCUUCAGCUCACCGGACGAUGAUGAUGAGGAGGGUUUCCCAAUGGAAGGGAAGACGGAGUCUCAGAUCGAGUGCUUGAGCUGCGGAUUCAAGCCGAGGCCGACCGAGUCGAGGUUCUGCACGCUCACGCUCAGCGUUCCGCUCGACGCAACUUCGACAACAUUGAAUGCCUGCUUCGACGGCAUGUUCAAGACCGAGUACAUAGAGGACUACAAGUGCGAAAAGUGCAGGCUAGUACACGCUCAGGAAGUCUUUAAAGCUGAGAUGGAAAAGUCGAGGUCCGAGGAUUUCAAAAGACAGGUCCAAGAAGCAUUGGACAAACUCCAACGCGCAAUAGAUACGAAUCCAGAGGAGCCGCCAGAGGACAUCGUCUUGCCGGACAGUAAGCAUGCGCCGAGACGCAAGAUUGCCAGGCAUACUCGGGUCACGGUUUUCCCUAAAAUUCUGGCCAUCCACCUCAACCGUUCCAUCUAUGCCAGGCAGACAUCCCUCAAGAACUCAGCAAAGGUCGCUUUCCCAGAACGGUUGCCGCUAGGAGGGCUCCUCCUUCGCAGAAAAUACAAGCUGUUAGGCCUUGUCACCCACAAAGGCAGCCAUCACAGCGGCCACUACGAAUCUUUCAGGAGGCAAAACAUUCAUGCUCCGUACUCGAAUCCAAAUACGUUCCAAGCUUCUGGCAUCUACAGCAAGACUGCUAGUCCCAUGUCAACGCCUCAGAUGAAUCCCACGAAGCGGUUCUCAGAGGACGGAACACCCAUGACUGCCACGCCCGAUCUUCCCUCCCCAGCAUCAGGCUCGACCCCGUCACUAGACCACGUCAACACGAGUCGUCGGAGCUCGCCGAAUCUCAAUGGUAAUAGCAGGGGAUCUGUCAAAUUAGGGCCGACCUCCGCACCGAGGGAGAAGGACCCCGAGACAAGCAGUCUGAGGUCAAUAGCUGCGUCAGCCCGGUCAACAAUGUCAAAGAUGUCCCCAUCGAAACACGGAAGCGUCAGUGGCGGCAGCCGGGCGGGGACACCCACAUCAAACGGGACCGCGGCGGCGUCCGCGCACACGAUCAAGCCGCCAAAGAAGAAACAGCAAGACCGCUGGUGGCGCAUCAGCGACGAGAAGAUCAAGGAGGCCAGCACGCGGGAGGUUCUCGGCAUGCAGCGCGAGGUAUACCUCCUGUUCUACGAAAUCGAGCGGGAUGGCCUGUAG